UUAUGGAGGCGGCUGAUGGUAUCGGUACAUAUUCGUAUAUUGAAGGGGGUAUUAAAUGUACGCGAAGCGCUCUUGGUAAAUUAAAAUCUAAAAGCGGAUUCCCCUGUUCUGCAGUGGUAUAGGCCGGAGGCUCCCGCCUCUCUGUUGCCAUGAUGAGUGAAUUAAAGGAUUGUCCGCUGCAAUUCCACGAGUUUAAGUCCGUAGACCACGUGAAGCUGUGCCCCAGGUACACCGCGGUGCUCUCCCGCUCCGAAGACGAUGGAAUCGGCAUCGAGGAGCUCGACACGUUGCAGCUGGAACUGGAAACUCUGCUGUCAUCAGCGAGCCGGCGGCUCCGUGUCCUGGAAGCUGAGACCCAGAUCCUGACAGACUGGCAAGAUAAAAAAGGAGAUCGAAGAUUUCUCAAGGUGGGGAAGGAGAUCGAGCCGGGAACACCCAUUAAACACAGCAAACCCAAGAAACAGAAGUUGGACGGAAAGGGUAGUCACGCCGCCAACACCGGCCCCGGACGGCCCAAAUCCAGAAACGUGCAGCCCAAGAUCCAGGACUAUGAGAUGACAGAAGAUCCCGUAGAUGUGCCCAGAAUUCCCAAAAAUGAUGCCCCCAACAGGUUUUGGGCCUCCGUGGAACCCUACUGUGCGGACGUCACUUCAGAAGAGAUAAAGGUGUUGGAAGAUCUGCUGAAGCCUCCCGAGGACGAGGCGGAUUAUUACAAGAUUCCACCGCUUGGGAAACACUAUUCACAUCGGUGGGCACAGGAGGACCUGCAGGAAGAGCAGAAAGAUGGAGCCCGCGCCUCUCUAACCGGAGACAAGAAGAAAGGUGUCCUGGGACCGCUGACCGAACUCGACUCCAAAGGUAAUGUGGACUCUUUGCUAAAGAAAUCCGAAUCCCAGCACGAUCAGCCAGAAGACGGCUGCCCGUUUGGUCACCUGACACAGCGUCUCCUGCAGGCUCUCGUUGAGGAGAACAUUAUAUCCCCGAUAGAAGAUUCGUCUAUUCCAGAGAUAUCUGGGAAGGAGUCUGGAACCGACGGCGCAAGUACAUCUCCCAGAAGCCAAAAUAAACCGUUCAGUGCCCCCCACACAAAGUCCUUAGAGGUUCGGAUAAAGGAGGAGUUGAUCGCUCAGGGUCUGCUGGAGUCAGAGGAUCGCCCUGCCGAAGACUCGGAAGACGAGGUGUUGGCAGAACUACGCAAGAGGCAGGCCGAGCUUAAAGCUCUGAGCGCCCACAAUCGAGCCAAGAAACAAGAGCUGCUUAGAUUAGCAAAGGAGGAAAUGAAUAAACAGGAGCUACGGCAAAGGGUGCGCAUGGCCGACAACGAGGUUAUGGACGCCUUCCGAAAGAUCAUGGCGGCCCGGCAGAAGAAGAGAACCCCGACCAAGAAAGAGAAGGAUCAGGCCUGGAAAGCCCUCAAAGAAAGGGAGAGCAUUUUAAAAUUACUGGACGGAUAAAGGGGGUUCCCGUGAAACGGACAUGUGUUUGGUGGAUUGGGAUAUGAAAGGCUGUGUGCUUUCAGCGAGCAGACUUGGUUACCAGGGAACCCCAGAGUACGGAUGUGAGUCCAUUUCGUUUGCCCCCUCGAGGACAUUUUAGUGUUCCAAUAGAAAACAGAACUUUUUUUAUAUAAAUAUUUGUAUGUUGCAUUCAUUUUUUUUUUAUUAUUAUUAAUAUUAUUUUCUUCGUCCCCCAGACCUCUCCUUUGUGAUCAUAUCUCCCAUUGUGAUAUUUUAUUUGGAAUAAAAUAAAUGUGAAAUAUUUUGCCGUCC